CGUUGCUCCUCCGUCUCUACUUUCCCGGGAACGAGACCGUUGUCACGGUACUACGGAAGGCAGGCACGUCAGUCCUCAUCCUCUUUUGCUGGCUCUCCCUCGUCAUCCUCUCUUCGAUCUCUCUCUCCCUCUCUCUGGCCUCAUCCUCUUUGUCUCCCACGGAAGGAUAAUUCCGAGCUUGGAGAGCGUGCUUCAUUUCUUGGUCAAUUGACAGAGGAAUGGCGACUAGGACGUCAGAUCUGUUAUGCAGUGUUCAGGCCGCUCAUAAGUUCGACGAGGACGCGCUUCUCCGAUACACUCGACUUCACGUCCCUGGUUUCCCUCCUGCCCCCGCCAACUUAACGGUGUCGCAGUUUGGUCAUGGUCAAUCCAAUCCCACGUAUCUCCUGGAAGUUUCUUCUCAUAUCUCUACCAAAUGCUAUGUCUUAAGGAAAAAGCCUUCAGGAAAAUUACUAGAAUCUGCUCAUGCAGUGGAGAGGGAAUUUCAGGUUCUGAAGUCUCUAGGUAGCACUCGUGUUCCAGUUCCCAAAGUUUUCUGCUUGUGUACUGAUGUGAACAUUAUCGGAACUGCUUUCUACAUUAUGGAAUAUCUGGAAGGACGCAUGUUUAUGGAUCCCAAGCUCCCGGGAAUCAGUCCAGGCAGGAGGAGAUCAAUAUAUAGUGCAACUGCAAAAGCAUUAGCUUCUUUACAUGGAGUUGAUGUUACUGCGAUUGGGUUGGAUACCUAUGGACGCAAAACUAAUUAUUGCAUGCGGCAAGUUGAAAGAUGGGGAAAGCAGUAUCUUGCUUCAACUGGAGAUGGUAAGCCUGAGCGGAACCCUAAGAUGAUAGAUCUGAUUAACUGGCUAAGGCAGCAUAUUCCUGAUGAAGAUUCUAAGGCUUCUGCCUCUGGUCUUGUUCAUGGUGAUUUUCGGAUUGAUAAUCUAGUUUUCCAUCCUGUUGAGGAUCAAGUAAUUGGCAUUCUGGAUUGGGAACUGUCAACCCUUGGUAACCAGAUGUGUGAUGUUGCAACAAUCUGCCUGCCCUACAUUAUUGACGUUAAAUUAGAGGAUGCAAUAAAGGGAUUUCAACAUGGCCACAUUUCAGAAGGGAUUCCAUCAUUAGCUGAAUACCUUAGAGAAUAUUGCAUUGAAGCUGGAAAGCCAUGGCCUGCUGAGAAUUGGAAGUUUUAUGUUGCAUUGUCCUUGUUUCGUGGUGCAUCUAUUUUUGCAGGAGUUUUCGAUCGCUGGAUCAUGGGCAAUGCUUCGGGAGGUAAGCGCGCCCAACAUGCAGGCAAGGUGGGGAAUAUUCUGAUAGAUACAGCUUGGUUGUACAUCAAUCAACCAUCAGUUCUUCCUACACAGCCACCAAUAGGAUAUGGAUCUCCAGCUGCUGAUUCGCUGUUUAAGGAAAUGGAAAUGAGAUCACAUAAUUUUAAGAGAGAAACCAGGGGAUUUGUUCCAAGUGAAAGGGUUAAAGCAUUACGAGACAGGUUGGUUAAGUUUAUGGAAACUUACAUAUACCCCAUGGAGUCUGAAUUCCAAAGGCAAGCUCAAUCUAAUGACCGCUGGACAAUACAUCCAGAGGAAGAGAGACUAAAAGAACUUGCAAAAAGCAUAGGCUUAUGGAACUUGUGGAUUCCUGUAGAUAGUGCUGAGAAGGCAAGAGAGCUACUCUCUGAUGUAAAAUCUCCUGAUUCUUCUGACCUGCUGUUGGGUGCAGGACUUUCAAACCUUGAAUAUGGUUAUCUUUGUGAAAUUAUGGGACGCUCUAUGUGGGCUCCGCAAAUUUUUAAUUGCAAUGCACCUGAUACUGGAAACAUGGAGGUUCUGCUGCGAUAUGGAAGUUUAGAACAGCAAAAACAGUGGCUUGUUCCUUUGCUACAUGGAAAAAUCCGCUCUGCAUUUGCUAUGACUGAACCGGAAGUUGCAUCUUCAGAUGCAACUAACAUUGAAUGUUCAAUUACAAGGCAAGGGGAUUAUUACAUUGUCAAUGGCAGGAAGUGGUGGACAAGUGGGGCAAUGGAUCCUAGAUGCAGCAUUUUUAUUGUCAUGGGCAAGACAAAUGUAACUGCUCCACAACAUAAACAGCAAUCAAUGAUCUUAGUGGAUGUAAAAACCCCUGGUGUGUGCAUAAAGAGGCCGUUAACAGUUUUUGGUUUUGAUGAUGCACCUCAUGGACAUGCAGAAGUUAUCUUAAAAGAUGUGCGGGUACCGGUUUCAAAUAUAUUACUUGGAGAAGGCCGUGGUUUUGAGAUUGCCCAGGGUAGGCUGGGCCCUGGACGAUUGCACCAUUGCAUGAGAUUGAUUGGUGCUGCAGAACGUGGGAUGCAGAUUAUGGUGGAAAGAGCCCUCGGCAGGAAAGUGUUUGGAAAAUUGAUUGCUGAGCAAGGUUCUUUUCUGACUGACCUUGCAAAGUGCCGAACUGAGCUGGAGAUGACGAGACUUUUGGUGCUUGAAGCAGCUAAUCAGCUCGAUCUUCAUGGGAACAAGAAAGCCAGGGGGUUCCUGGCGAUGGCCAAGGUUGCCGCUCCAAGAACCGCAUUGCAAAUUCUUGACAUGGCAAUUCAAGUUCAUGGUGGUGCUGGAGUGUCGUCCGAUACUGUCCUGGCACAUCUGUGGGCUUCUGCUCGAACCUUAAGGAUUGCGGAUGGUCCAGAUGAGGUACAUCUUGGGACAAUAGCCAAGUUGGAGGUGCAGAGAGCAAAGCUAUAGGCUGUUUGCUCCUAAUUUAACUGUCCCUUGGUGCUGUUGCUCUUGAACGUGAUGGUCAAGAGGGCGUGUUAAUUAUCAGGGCAUGCGUCUGGCUAGCAAUAAAUGUAUAUGAUUUUGUAGCAAAGAAGCAUCUGUUAUUAACGUCAUACACAGCCAUGAUAGGCUAAUAAUAGGCGAGAUGGUUUCGGAGGGGUCCGAGAUAGGGUGCGAUCAUGGUUGCUCCAAAUCCAGACUUUAGUGUUGGGCAGAAAGAAUGGUUAAUGUUUGAAAAGAACGGUUUUCUACCAGAAAGUACAUAGUAAUUAAUUGUCGGCCGAGAUGCAUCGGAUUUGGCAAAGCCGUCAGUUCUCCACGCUAAUGAAAUCCCUUGGAAAGUUCAUCUCUUGCA